GUUUCUGCAUAAAUUGUAACUUUACUGACAGUGACUGUCAAGUAAUCGAACCCUUCAUGGUCUCGGACAAAAAAAAAAGAAAAGAAAAAAAAAAACAUCUCUUUUAGACAUACAAUGUUCUCUAGUAAAUUAACUCAAAUGGCCUUGGCUGUCGGCGUAGGCAUCGGCACCGGCGUGUAUAUCUUUAAGCCCUUGUUACAAGAAUACGAGCAAGAGACACACGGUACCUGGGUUCGUCCUGGUGACGAAGUAAAGUUACAAAAAAACACCACACCAACUGAAACUCGACCAUCGUCUUAAUCAAACAAGUGACAGUUGGACUACUUUACGCACCAUGUUGCCUUCUAGUCAACCUUUGAAACAACGUCACUUCCAAUGUAUUAAUAAAAAAAGCUAAAACACACAUACACAGAUACACACACAACACACCAUUAGAUAUUACAAGAGGGAGAUACACGUACACGAUUGAGCAUUUUAUUUAACAUAGACAGAGUUUUUCUUUCGUGGGACCUUUGCAGUUUUUUUUUUUUCUUAAAAGUCCGGGGUAAUUUCCUUUACUGGCUUAACCCAGCCCCACGUUUAUUCUAUUCAAACCCUUCUUCUGCUUAGUAACUAAGAAUAAAUUAAAUUCUUAA